AUGUUCCAAAGGUCAUUAUGCUUUAAAAAUUAUAAAUUAUUAGUUCGGAGUAAUUCAAUAAGAUCUUAUCUGAAUCUAACAAUUAAUAAUGUCAAAAGACAGAUACCACCACCACCAAAAAAAUCCAAAUUUUUCAAAAAGUUAAUCAUAACCACAACUGCAAUAGGUAUUACUGGAGGAACAAUAUAUAUAAUAGAUAAAGAAUACAAUUCAAGUCUAAUAACAAGAUCAAUUCGAGCGUUAUAUGUUUUAUUAUGGAUUGCUUAUGAAUAUGGAUAUAAUUCUAAAAAUUAUAAAGAUUUAAAUGAAUUACAUGAAAUUGCAAGUGAAAAAUUAUUACAAAUGUUAACUUUAAAUAAAGGUUUAUAUAUAAAAUUAGGUCAAGCAAUAGCAAAUCAAGGUAAUUUAUUUCCCAAAGCAUUUCAAGAAAAAUUUCCAAAAUUAUAUGAUGAAGCACCAUUUGAUUCAUGGGAUAAAAUGAAUAAAAUUUUAGAAAAAAAUUUAGGACAAGAUUAUGAAACUAAAUAUUUUGAUUGGAUUGAUCAUAAACCUAUAGCAAGUGCAUCUAUAGCUCAAGUUCAUAAAGCAAAAUUUAAUUCAAAUUUUGGUUCAAAAGAAAUUGCAUUAAAAAUUCAACAUGAUUAUAUUGAAAAACAAGUAGUUGUUGAUUUAUUAAUUUAUAAAUUUAUAAAUAAAAUUUAUGAAAAAGUUUUUGAUGUUCCUUUAAGUAUGUUUUCAAAUUAUGUUUCUGAACAAUUAAAUAAAGAAACUAAUUUUAUAAAUGAAAUGGAAAAUGCUGAAAAAUUGACAAAAUUUAUAGAAAAUGAUUCAACUUUAAAAAAUUUAAAUAUUAAAAUUCCUGAAAAUUAUCCUGAAUUAACUACUCGUCAAGUAUUACCUGCUGAAUGGAUUAAUGGUAUUUCAUUAACUGAUAAAAAUAAAUUAAUUAAAAAUGGAUUUGAUUUAAAACAAUUAAUGAAUCAAUAUAUUAUAUUAUUUGGUAGACAAAUUUUUAAUUAUGGAUUUGUACAUUCUGAUCCUCAUCCAGGUAAUUUAUUAGUAAAAUUUGAUGACAAAGGUAAACAACAACUUGUAUUAUUAGAUCAUGGAUUAUAUAUUACAUUAAAUGAACAAUUUAAAUUACAAUAUUGUCAAUUAUGGAAAGAUUUAUUUAUAUUAAAUAUAAAAGGAAUAGAAAGAAUAGGUAAACAAUGGGGGAUAAAUUCAACAAGUAUAUUUGCAACAAUAGUUUUAUUAAAACCAAUAAAGCCUAAUAAAACCGAUGAAAGUACUGAAAAACUGGAUGUAUCUGAUUUACUCAAGGAUUUAAUUGGUGAUAAAUCAAAAUUUCCAAUGGAAUUACCAUUUUUAGCAAGAACAAUGAGAAUGAUUCAAAAUAUAAAUCAACAAUUUGGAUCACCUGUAAAUAGAAUUAAUUUAUUAACUAAUCAAGCUAUAAAUGAAAUUUAUUCAAAUGAUAAAAAGCUAUCAAUUAGUGGAAUAAUAGAAAUUUAUAGAAUCAAAUUUAGUAUGUUAUUUUCUGGUAUUAUAUUUGGAAUUAUAAGAUUUAGUCAAUGGAUUAGAGGUGAUUCUAAGCAAAGUAAAGGAUUAGAAGAUUAUAUUGAAAUGUAUAUGCAAAAUACAGCUAAAAAUUUGGGUAUUGAUUGGUCGUGA